GACCGUCCCCAUACUGGACCACAGUGGCUCUCUGUCCCAUAUUGGACCACACUGGACCGCUUUGGCCUGGUGACCAAGUAGUGGAAGGUGGCUGCUGCUGCUGAGUGUUAUUAAUAACGAGCAGCAGACAAUUGAAUCACCUUCUCUUGGUGCUGCAUAUUAGUUCAGAAACGGUCUUCUUCCAAGGUAUAUUUACUCAUCCUCAAGUGGAUACACAGCUGAAAAAUGAAUCACGCUCACCAUAUGGACCACUCUGGCAUGGACCACUCUGGUAUGGACCACUCUGGCAUGGACCACUCUGGCAUGGACCACUCGGGGCAUGACAUGGGUUUAACAGUGAUCAACACAACAGCUAAAGCAGUUGUGGACGCUGUUGUAUCUGGGAUCAACAUGGCUCCUAGCUCAGUUCAUGUUGGCCACAGCAGUCAUAUGGUGCAUAUGAUGAUGAAUGAUACAGAUGACAUGGGGGGUAUGGGAAUGCAAAUGACAUUUCACUUUGGGUAUGUUGAAACUAUUUUAUUUGACUGGUGGCAUAUCAGUAAUGUUGGAGGCUUGAUUGGUUCCAUGAUUGGUAUCUUCAUUCUUGCAUUACUGUACGAAGGACUAAAGUACUGGAGAGAACAUCUGUUCCGAAGGGCUAUAGCAGCAGUGCAGUACUGUGGCAAUAUCCACAAAGGGAAUAUCACUGGAGAAAAUAAAGCAACACAGUAUAUGGAGCAGAUCAUUAUGCCUCCCACUGUGAACAUGCUGAGCGUGGACCAUGGGGUCCAGACAUUGUUGCAUGUACUUCAGAUGAUUAUAAGCUAUUUGCUUAUGCUGAUAUUCAUGACGUAUAAUGUGUGGCUGUGUCUGGCUGUUAUCUUUGGUGCAGGAGUGGGCUAUUUCCUCUUCGGAUGGCGUAAAUCGGUAGUGGUAGACAUCACUGAGCAUUGUCAUUAGUUUUUAACUCGAAUGCCUAAAGACAUAAAAUACAAAAUCUAUAACUUGAAUUAUGAGUAUUAAUAUAUUGGGGUUAAUCCAUCUUUAUUAAAUAGACAUUUAGGUUUUUGUAGAUAUUUUUUAUAGCUCACCAUAUAUAAAUCACUCUUCAACUGGUGUCUUUAAUAUAUUGGGUGCUAAAUUUGGAUGUGUAUUUGAAAGUGUCGAGACUGCCUAGGUCAUAUGGUGGGAAAUGUUAACAAGACUAAGGUUGGCAGGGUUUGUUUACUUGAUCUGACAACCUUACUUGGACAAGGAACACAUCUGUGUUUUGCACAAUUAUCUAAUGGUACAAGUCCUCAUUCCGCACCUGAGAAUUACUGGUGACGACAUGCCCUUUCACCAGUUAUUGUACUUCUAAUGUAUUGUCUUGACUUUUUGAAACAUGGUACUUUGGAAAUUUAUUAACUUCCAUGUUAUUAAAGGUUAGACAUAUUAGUCAUACACAAAUGCAUAUGUAGUAAUGAGCAUGCAUCUCAAGUUUCAUCUACAUGUGUCAUUUACAUACCCGCAAUUUAUGUAUGAUAACCUUAAAAUUAUAUUUUUAUAAGCGAUCUUAAUUGUGAUUAUAGUAAUUUCAUAUUUUUUUAGUAUUUUAACUCUAACUCCAAUGUUAAUUGAUACAUGAAUUGUUGUUUUUUAAUCACAUGGCAGAUGACGUGUAACAAGCAUCCGAGUGUCCACUUUAUACAGUAAAAUGUAUUUAUUGUCAAUGAAUUGAAGCCUUACUGCCUUUAACAGGAAAAGCAGCACAAAAGUUUUCUGCUUGUUUAAAAGAGAGAUGGGAGGAGUUGGAGGAAUUCAGUAUGUUACAUAUUUUUAUUACCUGCUAAAUUCUAUCAAUACUGGAAUUUAUAUGAUUGAGGGGGAUACGACAUCAUUUGGAAUCUUGUGAAUUUAGAUAAAAUCCCAGAGGGUUAAUAUUAUCACCAUAUGAUAAGUGGUCACCACUGAAAUAGCCUGAAUUACAUAAUCACAUAUGUAGCAAACUUUAUUCAUAUAUUUAUAUUAAAUUGUAAACCUUAAAUAAGGCUUUCUAUUAAUAGUCUACAAUCCCCAAGAUAUUUUUUUUAUUUAAAUAUAAGGAUCUUAAUUCCUGAAGAUAAGUAACCCAACACUAAUAACUGGGUUGAAAUUAUUCAGUAUCCAUGACCGAGCAUAAAGCUUUGCUUCUUUCACUAAAUAUCUGAAAUAAUACAAAAGCAAAGGUAAUAGCUGAAAGUGGUACUUGGUUAUGAAAAUUAAAUACAUUCUUACAUUAGAACAGUGUCAGGCUAGCCAAUAUUUGUAGCUACAGCUGCUAAAUACCAGCGUAGCACACGGGCAAGGGAGUAGACGAGAUGCAAUAGAAGCUGAAUGUAAACAAUAGGCUAUGUUUUGUAUACUGUACAUAUAAUACAAUAUAUUGGCUAUAUAUUGCAUUAUAUAGCAAGCAGUUUGCAAGAAGCAAACAAGAACAUAAUAUUUACAGCAGUAUUUUAUGUAAUAUUUAGAAAUAUUGGGACUACAUUAUCUUCUUAACUAUUUUAUUUUCUAUAGUAGAUACCAAGAUUUGAGAAAGUACUGUAUGCUUAAAUUUGUAAACUAAAUUUUUUCAUUAGCUUGGAUAAAAAUACUUUUAACUAUCGAGUUACACUCUGAAGACAUGAAGACCCUUUAACUUUUUGACACACUUUACCAAUUUUGGGUGCUACCAGUGUCUUGGGCCAAGCACAAAUCACUUGGUCAAAUUUGAUUUCCAUUGUAUACUGCGGAGUUACUGUGCAUGGUAAAGUGUUCAAUUUGGUAUCAUUUUUCAAGCUAAAGAGUUGUAAUUUAUGAUGGGGUUUUCAGAAAUGAAAUAAAAGCAAAAUAAAAUAACAAAAAGGCGAGUUAGCUGACAUGACACUGAAAAUGACUACAGUCGUCAUCGGAACAUUCUGGCAUUUUGCGCAAGUGGCUACUGUGUGCAUCACAAACAUUAAAGGAUUAAUGUACUGUAAAUAUAUUCAGAAUCUGAUGAUGAUGAUUAUGUAUCUCACUAGAGGAAUGAAUGGUUGAUACUUGAGCCAAUUCACUAAUUUUUGCUCCAAACAAAACUGAAGUGAUUUAGCCUAACUAAAAAUGUUAAACCUUAGGCAUCCCACCUAACCUACCAGAGCAAUGCACAUUAGGCUCAGGAAGCAUCAAUAUUGCAGUGUUUCUAAUUUCCCUAAACCACUGCAAUUUGUAUGUUGAGGUAGAUAGCAUAAAAUAUGUAGUAGGCUCAGUAUGAGGACUGGUUGGAUACACACAUUUGGAUACAUGCACAAAUGGAAAAUAAUAGUUUAAAGAGAGAUUAAAUGCUUCUUCACAGCUUUAUUUGUCUUUAAUAAUUUUUUCUCUUGCUGUGUACGUAGUGAUAUCUUUGAGAAAGCAUUGUGCCAGUGCAGUAAUAUAUUAUUUGUAAUGUAUAAUAGUGGUGUUGCAGCUGUAAAUAUAUUUGUCAACAUGAUAUAAUUGUUGUAUCAAUCUCUGUAUCACAAAUUUAAAAUGUGUUUCCUGUAAUUUUCAAAUACAAAUUAUGCAUUUUAA